AUGUUGGGGUUUGUGGGUCGGGUGGCCGCUGCUCCGGCCUCCGGGGCCUUGCGGAGACUCACCCCUUCAGCGUCGCUGCCCCCAGCUCAGCUCUUACUGCGGGCCGCUCCGACGGCGGUCCAUCCUGUCAGGGACUAUGCGGCGCAAACAUCUCCUUCGCCAAAAGCAGGCGCCGCCACCGGGCGCAUCGUGGCGGUCAUUGGCGCAGUGGUGGACGUCCAGUUUGAUGAGGGACUACCACCAAUUCUAAAUGCCCUGGAAGUGCAAGGCAGGGAGACCAGACUGGUUUUGGAGGUGGCCCAGCAUUUGGGUGAGAGCACAGUAAGGACUAUUGCUAUGGAUGGUACAGAAGGCUUGGUUAGAGGCCAGAAAGUACUGGAUUCUGGUGCACCAAUCAAAAUUCCUGUUGGUCCUGAGACUUUGGGCAGAAUCAUGAAUGUCAUUGGAGAACCUAUUGAUGAAAGAGGUCCCAUCAAAACCAAACAAUUUGCUCCCAUUCAUGCUGAGGCUCCAGAGUUCAUGGAAAUGAGUGUUGAGCAGGAAAUUCUGGUGACUGGUAUCAAGGUUGUCGAUCUGCUAGCUCCCUAUGCCAAGGGUGGCAAAAUUGGGCUUUUUGGUGGUGCUGGAGUUGGCAAGACUGUACUGAUCAUGGAGUUAAUCAACAAUGUCGCCAAAGCCCAUGGUGGUUACUCUGUGUUUGCUGGUGUUGGUGAGAGGACCCGUGAAGGCAAUGAUUUAUACCAUGAAAUGAUUGAAUCUGGUGUUAUCAACUUAAAAGAUGCCACCUCUAAGGUAGCGCUGGUAUAUGGUCAAAUGAAUGAACCACCUGGUGCUCGUGCCCGGGUAGCUCUGACUGGGCUGACUGUGGCUGAAUACUUCAGAGACCAAGAAGGUCAAGAUGUACUGCUAUUUAUUGAUAACAUCUUUCGCUUCACCCAGGCUGGUUCAGAGGUGUCUGCAUUAUUGGGCCGAAUCCCUUCUGCUGUGGGCUAUCAGCCUACCCUGGCCACUGACAUGGGUACUAUGCAGGAAAGAAUUACCACUACCAAGAAGGGAUCUAUCACCUCUGUACAGGCUAUCUAUGUGCCUGCUGAUGACUUGACUGACCCUGCCCCUGCUACUACGUUUGCCCAUUUGGAUGCUACCACUGUACUGUCGCGUGCCAUUGCUGAGCUGGGCAUCUAUCCAGCUGUGGAUCCUCUAGACUCCACCUCUCGUAUCAUGGAUCCCAACAUUGUUGGCAGUGAGCAUUACGAUGUUGCCCGUGGGGUGCAAAAGAUCCUGCAGGACUACAAAUCCCUCCAGGAUAUCAUUGCCAUCCUGGGUAUGGAUGAACUUUCUGAGGAAGACAAGUUGACCGUGUCCCGUGCACGGAAAAUACAGCGUUUCUUGUCUCAGCCAUUCCAGGUUGCUGAGGUCUUCACAGGUCAUAUGGGGAAGCUGGUACCCCUGAAGGAGACCAUCAAAGGAUUCCAGCAGAUUUUGGCAGGUGAAUAUGACCAUCUCCCAGAACAGGCCUUCUAUAUGGUGGGACCCAUUGAAGAAGCUGUGGCAAAAGCUGAUAAGCUGGCUGAAGAGCAUUCAUCGUGA